AUGACGGCCCCGAAGUUUCUGUUCAUCAAUAAGCACCCUCAAUCCGACUCGCUUUCUCACAGCAACAAGCAGGAGCGGAUCUCGAUCCAUAGCCAUGUGCAAAAAGGCCGGAGAUACAAGAAGGCGGACCACCGUAUCGGCCACGACACUCGGCUGCCCCUGCUCCAACUCCAACCUGCCCGUCGUCCGAGGGGGGAGUCUGGCGGCGACGCCUUGGUGACCUCCGAUCAGUGCCCGAUCGAACGUACGUCGCGGGACCAGAUGCCUGACAGCUCCAGGCAACCUCUGAGCCCGCAGGCUGCUGGCCUCCGCGACGCAAUCUCCUCUCUCGGCUCCAGCUCGAACCGCAGCACGCCUCAGUCUAUCCCAGUAUUUCCUGCUUCGGCAGAGGAAAGCUUUGAUCCCUUCGAUGUCACUUGUAUUAGGGUCGAUGGAGCUGUCCAUAGCCUCCUCCAGUACUUUUUGCUGGUCCAGCAUCCCGGCUGUUGGCAUAUUGAACGAGCCAGUCGCCCAGACCACAAGUAUGUCUUUCAAUUCGACGCCAUGUCCGUGAUUCAAGGUUGCUUGCACGACGAAUACAACAUGUACGCACUCCUGGCUUCCAUGGCCAGCUUCAUGACUUAUCUCGAUGAGAUCCCUCCGUCCAGAGAUGGAAGCUACUAUAUCCACAAGGCUCUGAAAGCGUCACAGGAGUACGUACAUAGCCACCAACCCAUCACCGGGAGAAUGAUCUUCAAUGUCUUCCACCUUGGCUGUGCGGAAUGGUAUCGAUACAACGGCCAUGCCGCAUAUGUGCACCUGAAAGCGGCCAAAAAGUUGGUCGAUGCAAUGGGUGGCCUUAAGGCUAUGGAUGGUCCGCUGGUUGAUCUCCUCCUUUCUGGCGAUCAAUAUGUCGCAGCGGAGCUCAGGCAGAAACCUCUCUGGUCCCCAACCGACUUUGAGUCUGGCGACAGCCAUCCCAUGACGGCACAUGGCCUCUGCGAGCUUCAGAAAUUGCUCUCUGGAAAGGUGAAGACAGCAGCAGGUCUCCUGACUUCGACACAGCAAGAGAUUGUCCCUACCGGCCUACGCUGGAUCAUCCUCGACCUCGCCGUCGUGCUCUCUGUCCUCCGGUCGUCGCAGUCGCCUGACAUGGCACUUGGGAAACUUCCCGCAGACGGCAUUCACUGGGUCCAUAUUCGAACUCUGGCGAUCCGACAUCGCCUCUUGUCCAUGGACCUCAGCGACCCCCGCAGCGGCGCAAUCCGCACCGCCAUUGUUCUGUGGAUCUUCCGGAUCUUCACCAUCUCGGGCCGCAAGAGAUCUAUCAAGAUCAUCGCACCGUUUUUGCGCGAAAUGCUGCUCACCAUCGUCGACCAUCUUUGGGACGGCCAUGAGGAGGUGCGACUCUGGAUCCUUACCGUUGGUGCCCUCUCGGCAUCGUCAGGCAGUGAUUGCCAUGACUGGUUUGUGGGCGAAUUGAGGAGAUGCCUGACCAGCACGCUCGACAACCCUGACCCUGACACCAUCUUCGAUGCGCUCAUCCUGCUGUCCGAGCGAUUCUUUUACUUGGCCCUGGAAGAGGCAUCGACCCUGCGGUCCCUUGCAAAGGAUAUAUAUCAUGUGAGGCUCGAAGAAAAGGAGUGA